AAAAGCCAGGAUAUUUAUAGAGAAACGGAAACAUGUAUAGUAUACAAUACAUACUUUAAGAUCAUCAAUGACUCUAUUUUUCUAAAGAAAUUAUAAAUAUAUUUAUAAAAAUAUAUCUUAUUCGUUUGUUAUCUCAACUAGAAAUUUCUUGAAAAUAAUAGAAUAUCGACUAUGGUGGCAAUACUGUGAUAACUAAACGUAGAUUGCCAUGAAGUUAUCUAUGUAAUAUUUAUAAUAUUUUGUUAUUUUAUGGGAAUAAAUAAUAUCGCUUGAAAUAACAUUGCCUCGGUUAUAAUUUCUUUUUGAGACUUUUUUGCUUACAUUUCCUCGUUUAAUUAGGAAUUUAAAACGGAAUCAACUUGAACGUAUGUUAACGAUGUAAAUGAAUAUUUAUAUUGAAAUACUAUAUGUACAUUUUACACUUUAUUAUUGUCCUAUGGUAAUUUAUGACUGCCUAAAUUAUCUGAAUGUGUUUGUAUAUAUUUUGUACAUAUAUAUAAAUAUAUAUACAAAAGAUGUAAUGUAGUAGAUAUAAUAUUAUAUAUAAUACCGAAUAUACGAGUGAAACAUGUUCCUUGUGUCUUACAAAAGAUUACCCGCUACAUUGGGUUAUGAAAGUUAUAAAAUUCUACGAAACUCAAAGGAUUCAUAAAAGACAUAAAUUAGAAUAAUAAGAAAUGGUUAUGACAAAGAAUCAUUCAAUAAGUCGAUCCUCUAGUUGUUUACGAAAAUAUCGAAUAUUAUUUUUAUUUGGUAUUACUGUACUAUGCGUACAAAUUUAUUUAGCUCAUAUAUUUUUCGGUCUGGAGAUCCGAAGUCGAAGAUUUAGUCGGUUGUCUUCAGGAGAAGAAUCUCAGCUUACAGAAGAUGAAGAUUUACCAAAAGGUUUACGUCAAUUGAAGCUUCCACCUGACAAAACUAGUAAUUCAAAUAAAAUUUUACAAUUUCAGCGAAACCGUACUACUAGAAUAAAACUAGAUCGUAAAUCAUUAAAUUUUACACCAUCUUGUGAAUUUACUGGCAGAGAAGCAGUGAGUGCUGUAACACGUGCACAAAGUCAAGUAUGCAAACAACGCAUUGUCAAUGUGACGUGCCUUAAUCAACAGGGAUUAUUAUAUCCAGAAAGAAUACAGUCUCUAUGCCCUCAUUCUCCAGGAUUUAUAGACAAACCAGUCAGCUUAGGGUGUUUUAAAGAUGAUAAAACAUUAAGAAUUCUUUCUGGCUAUUAUCAUGUUUUUAAAGGGAACAAUUCACCAGAACGUUGUGCUUUCUUAUGUCUCCAAUCAGGAUAUUUGUAUGCUGGUACCGAAUACUCUGUCGAAUGCUUUUGUGGAAUGGAGAAACCAUCUCAGCUUAAACGAUUACCAGAUUCUAGCUGUAACAUGAAGUGUUCUGGUAAUCCAAAAUAUUCUUGUGGUGGAUAUUUAACGAUUAAUGUGUUUUGGACUGGAAUUCAGAAAUUUAAAGCACAAGAAGCUCGAAAUACGAGCAUAGAUGGUGAAAAUGAAAAGCCUGUUCGGAUAGCAUAUCUAUUAACAGUAAAUGGCAGAGCCAGUCGACAAGUAAAACGACUUAUCAAUAUUCUUUACCAUCCUUCACAUUUAUUUUAUAUUCAUGUUGAUGCGCGACAAGAUUAUCUUUAUCGAGAAAUGUUAGAAGUGGAAAAGUCUUGCAAAACUAAUAAUAUUAAGGUGGCAAGAGGAGAAAAUUUAAGACAUGCAAGUAUUUGGGGAGGUGCAAGUCUUUUAACAACUCUUUUAAAAUCUGCACAGCAAAUGCUUGCACACCAUCAUCAUUGGGAUUUUCUUGUAAAUCUGUCAGAAUCUGAUUUUCCUAUAAAAAAUAAUGUGCAAUUAACUCAAUUCCUUAGCUUGAAUAAAGGUAUGAAUUUUGUAAAAUCUCAUGGAAGAGAAGUUCAACGUUUCAUCACCAAACAAGGUUUGGACAAAACUUUUGUGGAAUGCGAAACUCGCAUGUGGAGAAUAGGCGAUCGUAAAUUACCAGAUGGUAUUCAAAUAGAUGGUGGUAGUGACUGGGUAGCUUUAAGCCGAGAUUUUGUAGAAUAUGUUGCUAAUCCAAAUCCAGAUACAUUAGUAACUGAUCUCUUAAAAGUAUUUAAAUAUACUUUAUUGCCUGCCGAAUCAUUUUUUCAUACAGUUUUACGUAACUCAAAAUUUUGCAAUACUUAUAUAGAUAAUAAUCUACAUGUUACUAAUUGGAAGAGGAAAUUAGGAUGUAAAUGUCAGUAUAAAGCUGUGGUUGAUUGGUGUGGAUGCAGCCCAAAUGAUUUUAAACUUGAAGACUUUAGUAGAAUUCGUAAUACAAUAGAUCGCAAUUUAUUUUUUGCUCGAAAGUUCGAAUCUAUUAUUGACCAAAGAAUCAUAGACAGGGUGGAAGAAUGGCUGUACUCCGAAAAUUUAAAUAAAACCAUAAACGCAAAAGGUUAUGAUGCUUACUGGCAAAGUUUGUAUCAUGCAGCAGAUUUGAGUCCUUUGACUGAUGAUGCACAAUUGACUGUUUCAAAUUCCUUAGCAAGGUUGAUUUUUCAUAAACUAAAUGUAAAUUACAAAGAUGUCCGUCUUUUGGAAACAACUGCCUAUUUUAAACAAAAUCAAUUUGUUGGAAUAUUGAUUCUUGCUGAAGUUACGUUACAACAACAAACUGUUCAACAAAAACGAAUAGAGUCUUUGGUCUAUCCAAGACAUAACUUUUCUACUAGUAGAGAAUGGUUAGGAAAGAUACAAAGUUUAUGUGUUAAUACCGAUUAUGAUCAAAAAGAAAAAACAUUUAGAAAUUUAAUAGGAAGUAUAGGACCAUAUUCAUAUCCAGUUUUAUCAUAUGAAUUUGAUAUUGGAAUUACAACGCCACAAAAUCUGUCAAUAUUAUGGGUGGACCCUUAUGGUCGAUUAGCGGAAGUUAAUUAUAUACAGCUUGAAGAAAUGACAUUAACAGGGUAUGUUAAACCGCAAUUCAAUGAACAUCUAGUUGUGGGUACUUGGCAUCUAUUCUUAGUUGCUGAUUCUUUAUUAGUGGCAAAAAUGAAUUUUUUGGUGACCCCUUUAGCAUAUUGGAAAAAUAAGAAAAUUGAUCCAGAGAAAGCUAAGGAAGUAAAUAAUGCAUCUGUUGACAGUUAUCAUAUUACUGAAGAAAUAAACAAAAAGUGGUCACAUUUAUUAAAUUCAGUAAAUUUUUACGAACGAACUACACAUAUGACAGAUAAUGAAAUUAAGAUUAAUUCUAACUUGGAUCAAUGGAUAGACAAAUUAGUACAGAAACAUUACGAAAUUGAUAAAAUAUGUAAUGUUAAUGAUACUGAAUUAAAGUUACAAAAGUGUAUUAAUACUUAUUGGAGCUCAUUGAGUCCAGAUACAAAGGCUGAUAUCAAUAACCUAUGUUAAAACUAUUAAUUUACUAAAUAUGUGCCAUUCUCGAUAUUUUUAAAAUUUAACUUAUUAAAUGUAAAGGUGUUAAUAAUCUUUUUAGAUAUUUUUAUAUCAAAUACAUGCUAUACAUAUUUAUAUGGUCUAUUUUAAAAGUAUUUUACAUCCUAAAACUAAAAAAUUUUAAGCUAAUAUAAGAUAAUUUUUUAUCUUCCUUUGCGUAUCAAAAUUUGAAUGUUAAAAGUUCAAUAAUUUGAUUAUUU